AUGGCCACCGUAACUGUCUCUCAACCUGCUAUCACUCCUGCGAUACCGGGUCGGAACGACAGCAGUGAUAGUUCUCGUUCCAGCCAGACGAGUACUGAGAAGGUCAAACUCGCCUCCUCGCUUCAUACGUCAUCGCUACCAAAACACAGUAGUCAUGAUGGCCAAGGUCAGGUCGACCGCUCUGUUUCGCCCAAGAGGUGGAAGACAUUCAUCAAGGCCUUCAAGCACAUUCACAACUUGACUCCUAAGGAAGUAGAUGAUUUCAUGGCGUCUUAUGAAAUCUACAAUUUAGAUUGGGCCAACGAAGAGGAGAUGGUCAAGGCAUUCGGUCCCAAUUACCAACAGCGUGUUGGAGAUUGCCUUUGUGCCUACUACUCGGUGCUCAAUCAUCUUUGUAGUCUCGGCGACGUGGAAAAGAUGUACAUCCCACCGCUGAUGGAUAAGAAGGCGUCAGUCCUCGACAAUCAGCUACUCUACGAGGAAUCUGUCGCGAAGGAUAUCGGAUUGAAACCGGGGAUGAAGGUCUUGGAUCUUGGGUGCGGCCGUGGGCGUGUAGCUGCGCAUAUGACGAGCUUCAGCGGAGCUCAUGUAACUGGUCUAAACAUCGAUGCGAACCAGAUUGCACAAGCAAGGGAAUGGAACGAUCAAUGCGGUUUCAGCAACGAGUUCGUCGUCCACGACCAAAAUGACUUACCUCUACCUUUUGCAGACGAAUCAUUCGAUGCUUUCUACGAGAUCCAAGCGCUCAGCUUAUGCAAGGACCCUUCGGCCUCUUUCAAAGAGAUUUAUCGCGUGCUGAAGCCUGGCGCCAAAUUCUCACUGCUAGAUUGGGUUAGCCUGCCGCCGUACAACCCGGAAGAUCCUGUUCACGCGGGACUCAUGCGUCGUGUGAAGCCUCUGAUCGGCGCUGUCGGUACUCCGACACCGGCGAGUUUUGAGAAGGCUCUUACUGAUGCCGGGUUUUCCGUUUCAAGAUCGGAUAACCCCAGUAUAGGCGGCCUACAAGCUCCGCUCAUCGACAAAGUUGAUAUAUACUUUCGCUCCGUUAGGCGCGUCAUUCACGGGCUUGUUCGCGUACGCGCUCUACCUCCUCAUUUCAAAGUCCUCAUUGAUAGAUUAUGUCUUGAUGGUCAAGCAUUCGUAAAAAUGGAUAACAUGCGAUUAAUUACUACGACAUAUCGGAUCAUUGCGGAAAAGCCGUCAGUAUGA